AUGGAGCCCGAGGAGUACAGAGAGAGAGGAAAAGAGAUGGUGGAUUACAUCUGUCAGUACCUGAGCACCGUGCGGGAGCGGCGUGUGACUCCGGAUGUCCGGCCUGGUUACUUGCGAGCCCAGCUGCCUGAGAGUGCACCCGAAGAGCCUGACAGCUGGGACAGCAUCUUUGGGGACAUCGAGCGAAUCAUCAUGCCUGGGGUGGUACACUGGCAAAGUCCCCACAUGCACGCCUACUACCCAGCCCUCACCUCUUGGCCAUCGCUGCUGGGGGACAUGCUGGCCGAUGCCAUCAACUGCUUGGGAUUCACCUGGGCCUCCAGCCCUGCGUGCACGGAGCUGGAGAUGAACGUCAUGGACUGGCUGGCGAAAAUGCUGGGACUCCCGGAGCACUUUCUGCACCACCAUCCCGGCAGCCAGGGAGGAGGCGUCCUGCAGAGCACAGUGAGUGAGUCCACCUUGAUCGCCUUGCUGGCAGCAAGGAAGGACAAAAUCCUGGAAAUGAAAGCAUCUGAACCUGGGACAGAUGAGUCCUCCCUGAACGCCCGGCUCAUUGCCUAUGCCUCUGACCAGGCUCACUCCUCAGUGGAGAAAGCUGGUUUGAUUUCCCUGGUGAAGAUGAAGUUUCUGCCUGUGGAUGACAACUUCUCACUCCGAGGGGAAGCUCUUCAGAAAGCCAUCAAGGAGGACAAAGAACGGGGCUUGGUGCCUGUUUUUGUGUGUGCAACACUGGGGACCACUGGGGUCUGUGCAUUUGACUGCCUGUCAGAGCUGGGCCCCAUCUGUGCCAGUGAGGGACUGUGGCUCCACAUCGAUGCUGCCUACGCAGGCACUGCCUUCCUGUGCCCUGAGUUCCGGGGGUUUCUGAAGGGCAUCGAGUAUGCCGAUUCCUUCACCUUUAAUCCUUCUAAGUGGAUGAUGGUGCAUUUUGACUGUACUGGCUUCUGGGUCAAGGACAAGUACAAGCUGCAGCAGACCUUCAGUGUGAACCCCAUCUACCUCAGGCAUGCCAACUCAGGCAUGGCCACUGACUUCAUGCACUGGCAGAUCCCCCUGAGCCGCCGGUUUCGCUCUAUCAAACUCUGGUUCGUGAUUCGGUCCUUUGGUGUGAAGAAUCUUCAAGCGCACGUCAGACAUGGUACUGAAAUGGCAAAAUAUUUUGAGUCUCUGGUCAGGAAUGACCCUUUCUUUGAAAUUCCUGCCAAGAGGCACCUUGGCCUGGUGGUUUUUCGUCUAAAGGGUCCUAAUUGUCUCACAGAAAGUGUAUUAAAGGAAAUAGCUAAAGCUGGCCGUCUCUUCCUCAUCCCGGCCACUAUCCAGGACAAACUGAUCAUCCGUUUCACUGUGACAUCCCAGUUCACCACCAGAGAGGACAUCCUGAGAGACUGGAAUCUCAUUCAAGACGCUGCUACUCUCGUCCUGAGUCAGCACUGUACUUCCCAACCUAGCCCUCAGGUUGAGAACCUCAUCCCCCAAACCACAGGCCCCAGAGCCUUGGCCAAUGGAAUGUUCCUUCAGUCUUCCAAUGGGGUGGGCUCUGUCCCAGCGCAGGCCAGGAAGAUCAUCAAGCAGCCUCAGCGUGUAGGAGCCAGUCCUAUGAAAAGGGAAGACAGCUGCCAUCUUGAAACGCUCCUGGACCCACUUGAUGAUGACUGCUUUUCUGAAGAGGCUCCAGACGUCACCAAGCACAAGCUGUCCUCCUUCCUGUUCAGUUACUUGUCCGUGCAAAAUAAGAAGAAGGCAGUGCGUUCCUUCAGUUGCAACAGCAUGCCUGUGAGUGUUCAGAAGCCGCUGCCCACGGAUGGCUCUGUGAAGAAUGGUGGCUCCUCUAGGGCCAGAAUCUUCUCUAGGUUCCCAGAAGAGAUGAUGAUGCUGAAGAAAAGUGCCUUCAAAAAACUCAUCAAGUUUUACAGUGUCCCAAGCUUUCCUGAAUGUAGCUCUCAGUGUGGGCUGCAGUUACCCUGUUGCCCUCUGCAGGCAAUGGUUUAG